UUUCAGGAUAUUGCAAAUCCCUGCUCUGUUCAUUGUCUCAACCUCUUCUUUUGCCCAUUUCAUUGGAAGCGAGCUUUGCUUGACCCUUGAUCUUCCUUCAGCGCUGGCAUAGAUGGCGAAUCGCUGGCUCAGGCCCGAGGUUUACCCCCUGUUCGCGGCUGUUGGAGUUGCUGUAGGGAUUUGUGGGUUUCAAUUGGUUCGCAAUAUCUGCAUCAAUCCUGAAGUCAGGGUAAGCAAGGAGGGGAGGGCUGCAGGAGUGCUGGAGAACUUUGCUGAGGGAGAAAAGUAUGCAGAGCAUUUCUUGAGGAAGUAUGUGCGCAACAGAGCCCCAGAGAUUAUGCCCUCCAUCAACAGCUACUUUGCUGACUCAAAUCGCAACUAAAUCUAUUUGAAACAUAACUAUUAAGUAUGAUUUAAGUGCAAACCCUGUUAUGUGUAAUAUAAGGUUUUUAGAUGCAUUGAUGAAAUGGGUGUGAUCUUAGGCUGACUCGUAUGAUGUCAGCUGAGGAAGAUACACUAAGAAUUAUUAUGUGUGGGUGCUUCAAUGAUAAGACUUGGAGGAUUUAUCUA